CUUCACCAACCAUCAAUCACCACUCUCAAACUUCAACCAUCGAUCAAGCCUCAAUUUUCUCUCUCAACCAUGGCUGCUUCCACAAUGGCUCUCUCCUCCCCAACCUUCGCCGGCAAAGCCGUGCAACUUUCCCCGGGAGCCACUGAGCUUUUCGGAAACGGAAGAGUUUCCAUGAGGAAAACUGCUACCAAACAAGUUUCCUCUGGCAGCCCUUGGUACGGCCCUGACAGAGUCAAAUACUUGGGCCCAUUCUCCGGUGAGCCCCCAAGCUACCUCAAGGGCGAGUUCCCCGGUGACUACGGCUGGGACACCGCUGGACUCUCAGCCGACCCAGAGACCUUCGCCAAGAACCGUGAGCUUGAGGUGAUCCACUCCAGAUGGGCCAUGCUCGGAGCUCUUGGAUGCGUUUUCCCCGAGCUCUUGUCCCGCAACGGUGUCAAGUUCGGUGAGGCUGUGUGGUUCAAGGCCGGAGCCCAGAUCUUCAGCGAGGGCGGUCUCGACUACUUGGGAAACCCUAGCUUGGUCCAUGCACAGAGCAUCUUGGCCAUCUGGGCUACCCAAGUUGUGUUGAUGGGAGCAGUUGAGGGAUACAGAAUCGCCGGCGGACCCCUCGGAGAGGUGACCGACCCCAUUUACCCCGGCGGAAGCUUCGACCCCUUGGGCCUUGCUGACGACCCAGAAGCCUUUGCCGAGCUCAAGGUGAAGGAGCUCAAGAAUGGAAGGUUGGCCAUGUUCUCCAUGUUCGGAUUCUUUGUCCAGGCCAUCGUCACCGGAAAGGGACCAUUGGAGAAUCUUGCCGACCACCUUGCAGACCCAGUUGCCAACAAUGCCUGGAACUACGCCACAAACUUUGUACCCGGAAAGUGAUUGAGAGUAUGAGAAGUGUUGAAGAAAUGUUGUGAAUCCCUUUAAUUGAGUGUGGAUUUGAGUGGGGAAAAUUUGUUCAUGUUGUAGAUUGUUGGGCGAACCCUAGUGCAUAAAAAUGUGAAUUAUCUAUUUAUGUGAUGCUGAAUUUUGAAUGGAGUAAAUUUCUAAUUUGUUUCAA